AUGAUAUCUGUCAAUAUAUCUUCAAGAGAUCCGCUUGCCGUAACUUGUCAUUACAGUGAUCCAAGCAAGCAGAGGAACUCUUGGUGUUGUUCCAAGAUGUCACUCUUCCAAAACAGUUCCCAUUUUCAGCGCCCUGUGAGGCACGCGACGUACGUGAACUUCCCGCGUCCUGAUGAUUGUUCCUACCUUCACCGACUGCCAGUGAACGAGCAGUGUGAGUUUGUACAGGUCACAGAAGCUUGCGCGGAAAGUCAAUUCUACUUCAACUACGUCGGCUUUCUGUACUGUACCAUCGGUUCGGAACGGGACUAUCUGUUUCAGUUGGGAUUAGUGUUGCUGCUUUGUGUUUGUGUUUACUACUUUGUUAUUUUAGGGACAACAGCUGAUCAGUUCUUCUGUCCAACACUGGCCGCCAUUGCCAAAACACUCAACAUUAGUGAAGCACUGGCUGGAGUCACGAUCCUCGCGUUCGGCAAUGGAUCUCCGGAUCUGUUCACUGCCGUCGCCAAUCCAGACGCCGACACAGAGUUGAUGUUUUCCGAGCUGCUCGGUUCGGCUGCCUUUGUGAUAGGAGUGAUUGGAGGAACUGUGCUGUUGAUACAACCGUUUGACUUUCCUCCGUGGGGAAUCCAAAGAGACUUGGCCUUUUUCAUAGCUGCGAUCGUUUGGAUCACGUUGAAGGCAGCGGACGAACGGUUCAGCUUGCUGGAUAGUUCAGUUUUGAUUGGAAUGUAUCUGCUCUUUCUGGCUCUGGUUGUAUGGGAGUUUAUCCAGACUAGACGGGAGGAAGGCUCAAGCAUCUCCACAAGUAAGCAUUUAAAGAAAAUACCUAAUAUACCCCUUAUGUGGACAGGAGCAAAUAAUCAUAUUCGUGGAUUGAAUUCUGAAACUGAUGUUCCAACAAACGAAGGUCUUCUAACCGAUUUCUGUGAUCAUGUGAACCCUCUUGAUCCAGAAGAAUGGAAUGAAGGAGGAUGGAUGACGAAAACGUUUUGUCUCCUAAAGACACCCUUCGUUUUACUACUUCUUCUCACCAUUCCAAUCGUCGACACUACCGCCGAACGUGAUGGAUGGACUAAGCUUCUCAACAUCUGUCACUGUCUAACACUGCCGUUAAUGAUUGUGUUUGUAAAUGGCGGUAAGCAUUCAUACAAUUUGACUUGUAGUUUGUGGAUUUCAUAACAGCUUAAUUCUCCUACUCCAGUUGCGCUUAUAAAGGUAGCGAAUGUGUACAUCUUCCUUUGGAUAGUCUUGUUCGCUGUCCCCAUAAUGGUUGUCGUGUUCUACACAUCACGAACUGACCGAUGCCCUACCUAUCACAAGUCAUUUACGAUUCUGAGCUUCCUGGGAUGCAUACAGGUCAUCUACAUUGUGGCCCAGGAGGUGGUGAGUGUGCUCGAGACGGUGGGCAUUGUGUUGAAGCUCUCAAAGUCUGUGCUGGGGCUUUCACUGCUCGCCUGGGGCAACAGUGUUGGAGAUUUGUUUUCGAAUGUUGCCCUAGCACGCCAGGGCUAUGGUAAAAUGGCAUUUGCUGCCUGCUUUGGAGGUCCACUGCUCAAUCUUUGCCUUGGAUUGGGUCUCACCUUCAUAACAAAAGCAUUCAGUGUUCCGAGUCUUGUCGCAGAAGUACGCAAAGGUGUUAUGGGCGAGAACUGCGAAGCGUACCUGUUUCAAAUACUCACCACCACCUGGCUGUGCUUGCUGUUUACCAACUUCCAGGGCCGAAGAAGCGUCGGUCUCUCGAUGAUAGUGACGUAUCUGAUGUUUUUGGCCUUUUCUUUCUUGGGUGAAUUUGAGCUCAUCCAUCCCUACGGCACGGACCAUCAUCCUGAUCCGAACGGUAAUGGCUAACGGUAGAUUCGGAUGUAGUGCGAAGCCAAUUCAGCCACAUAGACACUCCCACCUCACUUAUACAUAAUAUGUACACAACGAUAACUUUAUUAAACUUGUAGCUUUAUUAAACAUUAAUAAUACAGUACAGAAAGAAACAGUGCUCAAAUCAGUGUAACGGUAUCGUCGCAAAUGAGCCGACGGUUUUUUAAGGGCUUAAGAAAGAAAAACAGUCUGCUACUGCUGAGCCGAAUGUAUGUGAACAUACACUCAUUUCGAGUAAACUUAGGACAAAUCGCUUCAAAUACCAACUGUUUUACUGCUUGGUCUAAAAAUUUGUUCUUUUUUGCUGUAAAGACUCGUUUAAAGGUGCUUUGUUUUUGUGUGUAAAAAAAGGAAACGAUCAAAAUACUUGCUCACGAUGUGUGAGUGUGUGUGAUAACACCACACAUCAGUACACCCAGUACACAGACCAGAGAUUCAUUCUUAAUUUAAGAAUAUGCACUACACUUUACGCGUGCUCCAAUUGGGCACACUAAAAAAUGUUGGAAACAAACACAGUCAAUACACGUUGUUUGGGGG